AUGGGCAAGAGUCCAACGUCGAGCUUCUCAGAGGAGCAGCUGAAACACAACCUCGGCGCCCUCUCCUCCAUCCCCCUCACCGUCUCCGACCCCUCCAAGCUCAGCGCCGAGUCCACCUCCCCGACCCCGUCCAAGAAGCUGAAAGAUGCCCUCGACGAGCUCUCCGCAUCUGACCCGCCGUCGAUGGGCAAGCUGGCCCACCUCCUGAAAGACAUUGCGAAUCCAUCGGGCAACAUCAGUGGCAUCGCGAACGUCAGCCCCGUCGAUGCUGCUGCGGAGGCGGAGAUCCUCGCUCGCGCAGUCACGAUCAUCUGGUCUAACGUCACGGAUGACCUCAUCGACAGCGCACUCGAGCUCGACGACGACCUCACGUACUGGGAGAUUGGACUGCAGUCGCGCUGGGGCGCCGUCAUCUACCUCGUGCAGUCACUUCCGAACCGUAUCUUCCACGCUGUCGGCAGCACCCUGACCCCGGGCAGCAUCUGGAACCAGGUCAAGAGCAUCCACUGGCCGAAGCGCGGGAGCCUCUUCCGUCCUUUGCACGGGUAUGGUUCCGACAAGAUCUCCGACCAGCUUGCGGCGAUAACGUCCCCGGUACGGCUGACGCGGAACGAGAUGAUCGGGAACGUACGAGCGCUGCAGUUCUCCCGCGACGCAGCUGCGCGCCGUGUCGGCAUUCUCGCGAGCCAGGCGCCGAACUGGGCCGGCCGCGAGACGAACGGCAUGCUCUCGACAGAGUCGAUGGAGGACGAGACGACACGUGUGUACAAGCUGCUCUGUGUUGUGCUUGAGACUGGACCUCCGGACGAGAAGACGGUCCACGAGGUGAGCGUCGGAAAGCGCAAGCCGAAGAAGCAGGUUAAGCUUGCCGAGACGAAGACGGUUGAGCUGCCCGCUCCCGAGGCGACGGCGCAGUCCCUGCUCGACCUCAUGACCGUCGGCCUGCCCGAGGCGCGCAAUAAUCUCCGCGACACGCUGAAGAACUACGGCCGGCCAUCCUUCGCAACACGAUACUGGCCCGCGUUCCUCCUCCUCCCGCCGUGCUUGUACUACGCCGGACGGUUGUUCGGAAACAACAAGGAGUGGCUGAAGGAGCAGCUCGUCAACGCCAAGGAGACGGUGCGCGGCUUCCUCGUGCAGUGGGUUUGGGAGCCAAUCGAGCACAUCACCAAGACGAUGCGCGGCGGCGGCGAGGGACUAGGCGUCGCGCCAGAGACGGUCAAGACGGAUCGCGAGUCGCUUGAUCGUAUGGUCAUGGAUCUCGGAAAGGACUACUAUCACAUGAACGACCAGCAGCUCGAGAAGCUGAAGGACCAGGUCAACGCUGGCGACCUCGAGAGCGUGCUCAAGGUCUACGAGAGCGAGAUGCGCGCUCCUAUCAAGAACGCGAUUUUCGGCUACCUCAUCCGCACGCUUCUGAUUCAGGUGCAGAAGACCAAGACGGACCUAUCGGUCGCGCUACUGCAGCUCGACUCUCUGCUGCAGAGCCAGCAGCUGACGUUCGCGUUCGUCGGUAUUGCGCCCUCUAUCCUCGUCCUCUGGAUGGUCUGGGGCUGGAUCCGCAACCUGACCAGUGGUGCGAAGCGCGGCAAGGGCCGCAAGCGCCGAUACUUCUACGGUAUGCGGAGCAUCGAGCGCCUCCUCAUCACGUCGACGAAGGAGGACGGCCGCAUGAACGACCGCGACCGCGGCAUGCUGAUUGUGGACGUCAGCGGCCUCCGCGUCUGGGCAGCGGGCAUCAAGCGCUCGAAGCGCGAGGCGUUCCUCUCCGACAUCCGCCUGUUCGAGGACCAGAACCUCGACCGCGACGACAAGCUCCGCGUCGUCGACCGUAUUUGGCGCUGCUGGGGCAUCGACGGAACGCACUCCAUCACUUAA